AUGCUGGAGAGAGGAAGGAGGCGGAGGGCGGGGGCGGUGGGCCACGGACGCCUGCGGCGACGGUGGCAGAAGCCACCGACCUCCGCAACACCCAAGAAGAAGAGCAGCCACAAGAAGACGACUUUGGUGUUCACAACAAAUGGGAGUCUCCUGCGGACACUUCCUCUCCAAGAAACUUCUCGAGGAGCCCACUCGCGCUUCCCGGACAGCACAAAAGAAACCGAUUCAACCAUCGCCUCGGAACAAAAAUCAGCCACCUUUCAGAAGCAGAAGAAUGAUUUUGUGUUUCCAACAAUAUUUGAUGUGAAGCCCUUUCUAUUAUCAUGGAAUUUUCUGAUCAUCAAAUGA